CUCCGCCCCGACCUACUCACCCAGCUCACAAGCAUCUCUCUCACCUCCGGCGAAAAACACACCAGAGCUCGCAUCUCCCCUCGAUUCCUAGCUGCAAUGUCGACUGAAGUGGCUGCUGCUGACAUCCCGGUGCCUCAGGUGGAGGUAGCCGCCGACGCCGCCGUUGACACGCCGGCGGCGAAGCCGGCCAAGGCGCCCAAGGCGGCCAAGGCCAAGAAGUCCACUGGCCCGAAGAAGCCCCGCGUCACCCCGGCCCACCCGUCCUACGCCGAGAUGGUGUCGGAGGCGAUCGCCGCCCUGAAGGAGAGGAGCGGGUCGAGCACCAUCGCGAUCGGCAAGUUCAUCGAGGACAAGCACAAGGCGCACCUCCCGGCCAACUUCCGCAAGAUCCUGCUCACCCAGAUCAAGAAGCUCGUCGCCGCUGGCAAGCUGACCAAGGUCAAGGGCUCCUACAAGCUGGCCAAGGCCCCCGCCGCCGUCAAGCCCAAGACGGCCACCAAGAAGAAGCCGGCCGCCAAGCCCAAGGCCAAGGCGCCAGCCAAGAAGACUGCCGCCAAGUCCCCGGCCAAGAAGGCCGCCGCGAAGCCCAAGGCCAAGGCCCCAGCCAAGGCCAAGGCCGUCGCGAAGCCCAAGGCAGCAGCCAAGCCUAAGGCGGCCGCCAAGCCCAAGGCCAAGGCUGCCGCCAAGAAGGCGCCGGCCGCCGCGACCCCCAAGAAGCCCGCCGCCGCCCGGAAGCCGCCCACCAAGCGCGCGACGCCGGUGAAGAAGGCGGCCCCCGCCAAGAAGCCCGCGGCCAAGAAGGCCAAGAAGUAGAGCCCGGCAUUACCGGACCUAGAUGGCCUGGCGGGUAGUAUUCAGUAGCCUAAUUCUCUGUUCGGUCUUGUCGGUCAAGAGCUUCUUGACCGUGUCUUGGGCGGUGAUGGGCUCUUGUGUCGAGGAAGAGUAAUAUCCAUGGGGAUCAGUUGUACUUCUAGUAGCAGUAACCUUUGUAAUUUGAGUCUUUUUUAUUGUUGCAGCAAUAUCCAUUGGAUGUUUGUCAAAA